AUGGCGGACUUCAUAACCCAAGAACUUGGCAACUUGGAGUUGCAAACGGAAUCGGGUAACGACAAGAUGCCCACCCCUAGGGCUGAGCUUGAAGCUACCAUUCAGGGACUAGUGGCUCGUGGUGACCACCUCAAUAACGAGGUUGAGACGUACAUUGCGGCAGUGCUUGAGAAGCAAAAAAUUGGAAAAGUCUAUAAUCCGGUCGAAUACCGAAACCUCCGCAAUGACAUGCGCAACGAGCUGGCCUUCUUGAAGAAGCUCGCAAGUUCCGAGAUGGAUGAGGAAAAGGCUCAAGAGAAGGCUCGUCACUACAUUGUGUCUUCAAAUCUUCUCUACUACGAAGCGUUGUGGGGUGCAGCGAAGCGCUCGACAGGAUUGCAAAGCUUCCGCAAAUACUUCUUCUGGGACCGACACAAAGCACCAGCAGGCAAGAAUACGGCAAAAGGUGUCAGCUUAACAAAAGGAAGCCAAGGCAAGAGCAAAACUUCUGCACUUGUCGAUAUCGUCGCGGAAGAGGGUGCGGAAUGGAUACGAGUAUCAACCGUCUCAGAAAAGAGAAUUCUCUUCGACCUCGCAAAGUUAGGCUGGGUCAAUGAUUCAGACUCGGACGAAGACGACGACAUGCCGCGUCCCCCCGAGGACGAUGAUGACGACGAAGACCAAAUCGACGUUGUGCGAAACGCUCGCGAGCUUGCGCGAGCUGCACGGGCAAAUCCUAUCCGUGGUCGACCACCCAAGGUGCGAUUUGUUCUUACCAGAAUCUCUGCUGGAAGGACGCCGGCCAUCGAUAUGAUUAUCAACAAGAUACGCGCUACGGGUGCGAUAGUACAAUGUGGAGAAGACAUUCCGCCUGCACUUUCAAUAGGUGCUGUGCUACCGCGUCUGCUCAUCGAUCGAUCACGGGCUCUCAGCAACACACUGAAUAUCGACUGCACCAUUCUACUUGCGCUCAUCUCCGACAUCUCUCACAAACCUUGCCCAAAACUCGACUGGUAUCCAGGGGAGGUAUGUGCUCAGAUCGAUGAGGAAGCUGAAGAGCACUUAUUACCAACACACCUCUAUCCCGCCAUUAGUGCGCAUCCCAUGGUGUGCACGCGCGAAGCUGCUGAGCAGAUGAACCUCAUAGUAGAGACCCUGGCUACUGAUACGGAGAAGUUGAGAGCAAAUCUACUGCUCGGACAAGGCGAGUGCGAGUCGUGGCCGUCGAACAAGCUUGUUGAAGAAUGGACUAAGAUAUCUGAUUAUCCUCCACCGCCCUACUUCACCCUUCCCAUCGCGGUGAAAUCCCUGAACAUAGACGCCAUCACCGCUAAUCUCCCCGCCGUAGCCACCACCGUUGCCGACGAACUAUCAAUGAGUCCAUCUGGUCACCUCAACAAGUCUAUCUUCCUGUACGGCUGGGCCGAGGGCCUCACAACGCUCAGCGCCAAUCGCGGUCGAGCAAAGCAGAUUGAAAACAUCAUCAACGAACAUGGUCUGAAGGAUGGCGAGGCUGGACCACAUAUAUGGCUGUGCGGUGAGUCGAGGAGUUUGAUUGCGAAACAUGGGAGGAGGAGGUAG